AUGGAAUCCAUCGGAAGUCCUCCGCCAGCACCCCUUAGUGGUGGCCGCGCCGCCGCCGGAGCAAAUGGAAUAGCGGCGUUCCAAAUGCCACUUCACUACCCAAGGUACACACGUGUGGAGUACGAGUCCAUGCCCGAGUGGAAGCUUGACUGCUUGUUGGCCCAAUACGGCCUGCACGUGGGAGGAGACGUUGACCACAAGAGGAAAUUCGCUAUGGGAGCUUUCUUUUCAUAUUUUAUCGUGUGUGGUGUGUUUAAUGUUCUUAUGGGUUGCUUUAGUGCACACGUACUUGAUCCCCACACAAUGGAUGCUCUUCAAAUAACUUCUCCACAGCUUUACUGCAUCGAGUGUCUAUAUUGCAAUGAAAACUUGACGGCUUCGUAA